AAUUCGUUAAAAAGUCCUAUUUUUCCUUUUUGUUUUGUUGCGAAAGGAAUCAAAAAUGAAGAACGAAGCGAGCAGCAGCAAUAGCAGAGAAGAAAGCUUGGUUGUCGAUUGCGGCCGCCGGAGGAGCUCCUGCGGUUAUUGUAAAUCCUCCGGUCGAACCAGUAUCUCUCACGGUUUAUGGGCGCAUAGUCUUACAGUUAAUGAUUAUCAAGAUCUUCUUGACCGUGGUUGGAGAAGAUCCGGUUGUUUCCUCUACAAACCUGAGAUGGAAAGGACAUGUUGCCCAUCUUAUACUAUUCGUUUGAAGGCAAGUGAUUUUGUCCCUUCUAAGGAGCAACAUCGAGUUUAUAGACGAAUGCAGAGGAUUUUAGAUGGCACACUUGAGGUGAGGAAACCAAUGGAACUUGCUGAUGAUCAAAAUGCUUCGAAGCAUACAAGCAGCUCUGUCAAGCCUUUAGUCUCGAGCUCUGGGAAUGAAUCUUUCUCUUGUGGCAACAAAAGGGAAAAUAAGGCAGAAGAGUUUAUGCAUCAUUUAUCUAAUCAAAUAGACAAAGUGGUGCUUACAUGCAUUGAAAGUGGGGAAUUCCCAUCUGGAAUUCAAUUUCCAAAAGCUGCCGUCAAAAUGGUUUCACAUGCCAAACGGAAGCUAGCAGUUGAAGGGUCAGAAGAUCUUUUAUACACCAGCAACACUGCAUUCCAAAUAGCAGCCACUUUGAGGCGGACACGAUCUGCUGAGAGGGAUGGCCAACCAUCACAAAUAGUAGAAGAAAUUGAUCUAUGCCCCAAAUCUAUUGCCGAAAAGUUGACAUUUUCUUUAAAUCAGCUUGCAAACAUUUCUGGCCUGUCCUGUAGGGCAUGCAACGGGCAUAUUAACUUUUAUUCUACCGCUAAAAGUUCAUCUUUAGAUAGAGAUGUUCAAAUUGUUGCUUUGCCUGAAGAAUAUGGGAGUGCAAGUCAAAGCUUUCCUGCAAAGAAGAGCCCUGAACACUGUCAAGUGCAAAAGAGGAAGCUUGAGAUCCGUUUGAAAAGGUCCAGUUUCGAUCCAGAAGAGUAUGCAUUGUAUAAACGAUAUCAAAUUAAAGUGCAUAAUGAUCCACCAGAUCGUGUCACAGAAAGCUCAUACAGGAGGUUUCUUGUUGACACUCCCUUAUUUGUUUCCCCGUCUGCUGAUGGCUUGAUUCCUCCAUGUGGCUUCGGCUCAUUCCAUCAGCAAUACAUGAUUGAUGGAAAGCUAGUUGCCGUUGGUGUGGUAGACGUCCUUCGAUGCUUGUCAAGUAAGUAUUUAUUCUGGGAUCCUGAUUAUGCAUAUCUAUCAUUGGGUAAAUAUUCAGCUUUGCAAGAGAUUGGUUGGGUGAAAGAGAAUCAAGCGUAUUGCGCUAGUCUUCAGUAUUACUAUAUGGGCUAUUAUAUACAUUCCUGCAGCAAGAUGAGAUAUAAAGCAGCAUAUUACCCGUCUGAGCUUCUUUGCCCUCUUCGUUACCAGUGGGUUGCAUUUCAUUUAGUAAGCCUGAUACUUGAUAAAAAAAAAUACGUCGUCUUAUCUGAUUAUGCCAGUUUACAAGAUGGAGAGUCAUCCCAAUCCUGUAAUCCAGAAAGUCUCAUGGACUUGCAGCAUGAUGAGAAUGGACUAGAAGACUCGAAUGAUGUUUUUAUGGGUGAAGACGAACAGAUGAUUGAGAUUGAAUCUGACAGCUCUGACGAUGAAUUGGAGCCGGAUACAAGUGGCUUGGGAUCUGGCGCAAUAGAUAAUGGCGAUCUGACUAAUGUUUUAGUUGGACUGAGAGGUUCACGACUAAGAUACAAGGAUCUACAGCAAGCAUUUGGUCCCACCAAAAGGAAUUACUUGGAAACGCAAUUGCGCAGCUACCAGAGAGUGGUGGGUGUAGAGCUGUCCAAGCGAAUGAUUUAUUCACUUGGCUAAGAAUUUGUUAUGAUACAAGAUGUCUUGAGAAGUCCGAUAUUGAAUCAAUGUAUCUUCAAGUCUUCUAAGCUUUACCUGGAGUAGGGAUCACUUCAAUCCAUUUAUUUAAUGAAUCAAAGAUUCCUUAGUAGGUACGUGCAUCUACCUCUCCUGUACGUAUCCGACAUGUUCUCUUGGUUUGACAAAAUCGAACUGAAUUAUGCUUAUGCUUUACUGUUGUAGUGACAAUUAUAUGCCAUUCAAAUAAGAUUUGCUUUGCCAGUUUAAGCAAAAAUUUCUUUUCCUCUAA